UCUUCAUCUCUCUCUCUCUUCUCUCUCUCUCUCUUAUCUUUUCAUGUUCACAAUUUCUUCGCUUGUAAAAAAAAGAACCAAACCCCAAAAAAAAAAACCCCGAAAAAUCGCCGAAUUGGCUCUCGAAAUUUCGGCUCCCAUUGCGUUUCGCUAUGGUCUCCUAAUCUGGUUCUUGAGGUUUCGGGACGUGUUAAUAAAUCCCGUAAUUUUGAUUUGUGCGAGAAAUUUGAGCUAGGGUUUGGUCGGUGUUUGAUUUUGGGGGAAAACUGAAAAAGUUAGAUUGGGGAGGGGAUUAUUGAUUGGUUGGUAUUUAUUGUUAGGGUUUGAUUCGAGACGGGGAAGAUAGGUGUGGGGUAGAGGAUAAUGUGUAUACUCUGUGUGAUUCAGAAGUGGUCUCGCCGGGUCGCCACGAUGCUGCCUUGGUUAGUUAUUCCACUCAUAGGUCUAUGGGCUCUAUCUCAGCUUUUACCACCUGCAUUUCGGUUUGAGAUUACGUCGCCGAGGCUUGCCUGUGUGUUUGUAUUGUUGGUUACGCUGUUUUGGUAUGAGAUUUUGAUGCCCCAGCUGUCAGCUUGGCGGGUACGAAGGAAUGCCCGGUUAAGGGAGAGGAAGAGGUUUGAAGCGAUAGAAUUGCAGAAGCUGAGGAAAACGGCAACAAGGAGGUGCAGAAACUGCUUGACUCCGUAUAGGGAUCAGAAUCCUGGUGGGGGUCGGUUUAUGUGUUCGUAUUGUGGGCAUAUAUCAAAGAGGCCGGUUUUGGACUUGCCUGUACCGCCUGGUAUGGGAAAUAGUGGGAUCAUUAAGGAUUUGGUUGGAAAAGGUGGGAAGAUAUUGAAUGGUAAGGCCUGGUCGGAGAAUGGGUGGAUGUGUGGUCAGGAUUGGAUGGAGAAUGGGAAUUGGGGUGGUGGGUCUGUUUCGGGAAAGUCUAGUUAUUGGAUGAUGAAUGGGAAUGGUGUAUUUGGAGGAGAUGAGAAUUGUUUGGCGGAGAAGUCUUACUCUGGAGUUGUUAUUUUUGGGUGGAAGCUGCUGACUUCUUUUUUCUUUAGCAUUAGGUGGCUUUGGAGAAAGAUUUUUAGGAUUAGUUCAUCGGAAGAUAGUUUGAAUGAUGCUGAGCAUGGUAUAUUGGCUAAGAAGGGUGAAAAUGGGGUUAGCUAUAACGAAAGUAAAGGAGAGAAAGCACGCAGAAAAGCUGAAGAAAAGAGACAAGCUAGGUUAGAGAGGGAACUUUUGGAGGAGGAGGAGCGAAAGCAGAGGGAGGAGGUUGCAAGAUUGGUGGAGGAACGUAGAAGACUAAGGGAUGAGAAAAUAGAGGCUGAAAAGGAUCAUGGCAAAACAUCGCCACCUGUCCGGGAGAAAGAUAGUAAGAAGGAAGCAGAAAAGAAGCGUCAGGAAAGAAGGAAAGACAGAGACAAAGACAAAGGGUCUAGUAAGAGCAAUUCUGAUGCAGAAGAGCUGGAAAAGAGAGCUGGUAAGGAGAGUGAGCGAAAGCGGGAAUUGGACAAGAAGUUUGAGAUUGAUCGUCGGGAACAUCAGAAAUCUGGGAUGGAAAAUGUGAAAGGCCAGAGCAUGGAAACUGGACAUGGGAUGAAAAAUAUUUCUGCCAACAGUUUUAUCCGGGGAAAUUCUGGGACUCGGUAUCUGGAUCGUAUGAGGGGUACAUUUUUGUCUUCUUCUAAAGCAUUCACUGGUGGUAAUCUUUUUGGAAAGGGUGCUAAUACUCCUGCUACAUUUACAAAAGAAUAUAAGUCUAACAGUUCUGUAGAUCAUGUUCAUACUUUUCCUCAUAAAAGAGAUUCAUUUCCACCUGAUCGUGUAGCUGGGAAACUAAGUACAAAUGGAGAUGAUAAGAACAUCUGUCGUCCUGUGCUUUCAGAACCACAACCUAGGCCAACACUUAAAAAAUCAUGGCAACAAUUAUUUACCCGUUCAUCAUCUGUUGCUCCAUCAUCAAAUCCAAGUGUCAUAAGCAGACCAAAUACAAAGUUCCAAACAGAAGUUCAAAGCCCACAGUUAUCCAGUCAAACAUUAUUGGCACGACCAUAUGAUAAUCCAAUAAACUUUGGGCUGCCAUCACCAUUUACACUGUCUACUUAUCCAUAUGAUUCCACAAUCACUAGUUUAGGUUUUCCACGUGCCAUUGAUCCAACCUUCCCUCGCAUUGGAGAAGGGCCUCGUGAAUUUAUAUGCGAAGAGCCGGAGCAUUUUGAAGACCCAUGUUAUGAGCCUGAUCCGAUAGCCUUGAUUGGGCCUGUUUCUGAGUCACUUAAUAAUUUUCAGAAUGAUCGGCAUUGCUCUGCAACAGACAAGGGAUUUGAAAACCCUCGUGGUUUAAAGAAUCUAUCUGCUUUGUCUGAAGUCAACAAGCCUUCUCCUAUUGAGUCCCCAAUGUCACGAGAAAAGCAUAAUAAUUCUAAUUGGUUUCCAAGUACCCCUAAGGCCCAUGAUAUGCAUAGUUUUGCUGUGGAUGAUGCUAUUCCAAAUGAGACAGGAACAUGGCAAAUGUGGAAUUCUUCUCCUCUUGGUCAGGAUGGUUUAGGUUUAGUAGGUGGGAAUGCAAGCUGGCUUUUACCCCCAGAACGGAACAGAUCAAACAAGGAAGAUUUUGUGCAUCCUUCUUCUCAGAAAAAUAUGGCUUCACUGUUUACAAAUGAGGACCAUGUCCUUUCUGGCACUCAUUCUCCACACAAUAUUUUUCUUGGUAAUGGACAGAAUGGUGUGCCAUUCAACCCUGUUACUAGUUCGAGUGAUAAUGAGCCCUGGUUACAUUCCGGAGGUUUUUUUCCACCAUUGUCAGGAAGUGGAAAUCAUUUUGCUCCCAAGGCUCAAGAAGAAACCCAGAAUGAUUUGGUCUAUGGCAGUCCUGGCUCUGGAGCUAAUAAUCCAUUUGAGCCGUCUCCUGCCAAUUGUUGGUCCAAAAAGGAAUGGGCUGUGCAGGGUUCAGGGGAAGGUGUUGGAACGGCCACUGUUACAAGGCCCCAUAUUGGGGGUCUAUUUCCUAACAAAGAUGUACAGUCACUUUGGUGAUUCAAUUGAAAACAGUGACAGAGUAAUGAGGGACUUAAAUACACCUGUUCUCUAGAGGCAUAUAGCCUCUUUUGGAGGAGAGAUUAGAAUACUGGACGCAUUGUAUCUUCCUCAUCUUCUUUAUAAGGGAGAUUGAUGUUUACUUA